CAGCCUGCUGGUGUGUAGCUCUGGGCGGGACUACAGGGUUUAAAAAGUCAGAACCCACUUGCUUGGGUCAUCCAUAGCCCUGGCAGCCUCCUCAGACCUGCACUCAGGUGAGCCCUCAUUCAGAUGAGCCCUCAGGACACUGAAGCAGAGAGGUUGAGUAACCAGCUGAGUCACACAGCUGCCCACCUGCAGCCCCGCCCCUUGAGCAGCAACAUGGAGAGAGUGACCUGGGCCCUUCUGCUACUGGCAGGCCUGCCUGCCUUGGAAGCCAAGGACCUUUUUGCUGAUAAAGAUGAUCCCUUCUACUAUGACUGGGAAAGCCUGCAGCUGGGCGGGAUGAUCUUUGGAGGCCUCCUGUGCAUCGCUGGGAUUGCGCUGGCCCUGAGUGGCAAAUGCAAAUGCAAGGGCAACCGGAAGCAUAGCCCCUUGCCUGAGAAAGCCACCCCACUCAUCACUCCAGGCUCUGCCAGUACCUGCUGAGCAUAGACCAGCCCCUGAAGGAUUCCUGGUAUUGGCCCCCAGCCCCCACCUUCCCCAGGAGGCCUUGCCCUCCUCCAUGGACUUUUUCUCCAAGGGCAGGCUGACAGGCUUCCUUCUGAUUGUGAGGCUGUCCAAAGCUUAUUUCCAGAUUAAACUUGUCCCACUGCUCCCUCCCAUGGUCCUGUGACCGUCUAUGCACUGCUGUUGCUUUCUGUGGCUUCUCACGUGCUGGAGGCCGGCUCCUAGCAAGGCCUCAUUUUGAGAAUUUCCCCAGCACAGCCUUAUAUCAAAAGAACUUACAAGGCCAGGCACCUUGGCUCACGGCUGUAAUCCCAGCACUUUGGGAGGCUAAGAGGGUAGAUCGCCUGAGCUCACAUGUUUGAGACCAGCCUGACCUACAGCUAUACCUUGUCUCUAAAAAUAGCCAGAGGUUGUGGCCGUUGCCUGUAGUCCCAGUUACUCUGGAGGCAAUAGAAUCACUUGAGGAGUUUGAGGUUGCUGUGAUCUAUGAUGGCACACCACUCCACCCAGGGUUACAAAGUGAGACUCUGUCUCAAAAAAAAAAAAAAAAAAGACCUUACAGUUUUCGCCUCUUUCAUAAGAGACCCUGGGGGUCCUGAUGACCAGAUAUCCACUUCAGGCAUCCUGUAACCUAAGGUGACCCCCAGCAGCUCGCCUCCAUGGAGAUGUCACUUCAGUGGGUGCUCUCUCUGUGGUAGGACAUUUCUUCAUUGGUCUAACCCAGUAAAACCCGGAUAACCUUGGGAUCAUUCCAAGGGCUCUCUUCCCCUUGCAAGUAUCCGGUGAAAACCCACUAUUUCCCAAGAAGCCCUGCGUAGUACCUUUGCGAACCCAAACCCGCCCACUUGUCUGGUAUGCUCCAAUCGUGAUUGUGCUCCAGGAAGGCCCUGCCGGCGGCGUCCCACUCCGAGGGGCGGGGUGUGUUAGUGCCUCCCACCGCGGGCCUGUCCUGCUGUCUCAUCCUCAGCAGCCCUGGCUGCAAAGAGCUGAGCUCACUGCAGGGUGCCGAGCUUGGAGCGGCUGCCUCUAAUAGUAGGCCCCAAACCCUCCCUCUGGGGUCAGGGUGGAGAUUGAGAAGUUCUGUGUGUACUAGACUAGGUUGGGGUCACCUGACUUGCGGGCUGGGUCAGAGGCCAGUGCAGGGGUCCUAUGAUGUGAAAAAGAGGGUCGGCUCCCUGCUCCUGGCCUUUGGAACGGGCGAUGUGGGUGGGGUGAGGGCAGGGCUUCAAGACUGGGUCCCAGUGAAACCCCUCACCCCACUGCCCUGGGCGCCUCGGGGCCGGAAGCAGGAUACGGAAAGAGAAGUGGUGGGGGUGGGGGUGGGGUGGAGAGCCGGCGGCGCAACCAUCCAAGCAGACCGGAUAGCAGGCCUGGGAGGCACUGGAGCGGAGGAAAGUCAGCCUGGCUGGAAUGCCAGCGAUAGGAUCACUGCCACGAAG